AUGGAGUCGAAGCGCAAAGUAAACGGGAGCGGCGUUGCAGCCGGCGAGGACUUGGACGAGCGUGCGAGCAAGAGAAGAAAGGGCGACAAUAUCGAUGUCUCCCAGGAGGAAACGCCCGAAUCAACCACAGUACAGGGACUGAAGCUCGUCGAGGUACUGAAGAAGACUGAGGAUAAGAGCCUCGUGGGAGGAUGGGAGCGUCCUACGAUACAAGCCUUGAAGCUCUUGAGGCACUUAUUGUUAUGCAUAUUCGCACUUCCAUCCGCAGAGAAUAUGAACACAUAUUUUGGCAAAGGACACUCUGGACAAUGGCUGACCGUUCGGCAUAGUGGACGCCAAAUAGCUACGAGUUUCUUGACUCUUCCCAGCAAACGGCAGUUUCCCGACUACUUCAAGGUUAUUAGGAUGCCGAUCGCAAUCGACACAAUCCAGGAAAAAUUGACACGGCGCGAGUUUAAGAAUCUCACAGAACUUGAAAGCUAUUUCAAGCGGAUGAUAGCGAAUGCUAAAGAAUACAAUCAGAAGGGUUCGGAGGUAUAUGAUGAUGCUGAGAGGUUGCGGAAGGCCCUGAGCAAUUUCAUGACCAAAACCAACCCGGCAUACAAACUAAUACCUGGCUAUACUGCGAUUCCAACUCCACUCCCGACCGAAGGUAACGCACCUGCGGGUGCUGGCGAUGAGGAUGCCGAGGGCGAACUAGAUGACGCUGCUGAGGCAGCUGCUGCUGCGAGGAGAGCCCGAGGCCGACCCUCCAGGCCAUCCAAACCAAGUUCUCAAAGAAAAAGCAUAACGCCAGCAGUAUUGGAAGGUCGUCAUGCGACCGCCGGUUUCCAAGGACUUACGUUCCAGCAGGCACAAGAGAAGAUCCUAGAAGGCUUAAUGAGGGAAAAGGACCACCCAGCUGACGAGUAUGCGACGUUCGAGGUGUUCAUUGAUUUACCAGAUCCUCGACUGAAAGACUAUUACCAAGUCAUUCAACACCCUGUUAGCCUGAGGUCCAUAGUAGGACGUGUGAAAGGUCCAUCAAGGGGAGCUGAUGCAACCACUCCUUCAGAAUUUAAAUCCUGGGCUGCGUUUGAAAAGGAAAUGAAAUACAUCUGGAACAAUGCGUGGCAAUAUAAUGAGGAUGGCAGCGAAAUAUCUCUCCUCGCCAAGAAGCUCCAGACGCAUUUUAACAAGUUAUUUCGGGAAGCCAAGCAAGCAGUGCAAGAGCCCACAGCUCCAAAGAUCAAACUCAAGAUGCCUGAACAACAACAAGCUCCGAAGAUUACUUUGAAGUUUGGUGGUGGUAGAACCAGUCCUACCGGAUCUCCCGCUCCACAAACAAAUGGUGCAAAUGGUACGCCUGCGAAUGGAACUCGCAGAAAUCCCUUCGGAGGUACAUAUUCUUCCGCAACUCCAGUCCCGAGUCUGGGUCAACUUGACCGCGCCCGGAGCAUGUCAGGUGGUGUACCGUCUCCGACCCCAUCGAAUGCAGCAGUUGUGAAGAAUGAGGAGGGCGCUCGCAAUUCUCCGGCGCUCCCUGCCGCGGGAUACACCAACCCCCGUGCAACCAGCCAAGCAGUCUCAACUCCAGGCGUCACAGGAGGAGGAAUGCCUCCGCCGUCGACUCCCGGGAUUCCUCCAAGCAACAACAUAUAUACUCCCAGUGGCUAUGCCCAAUCCUUUCAACACCAGGCUCAGCCUCCGGUUCAAACUUCAGUGUUUGAUUCAAAAUUUAGACAACCCGGGAAGAAUGCCUCUGAUGCGAUGAUCACGAAUUUGAGUCUUGCCACUCAUCCAGGUCUUAAUAUUACUCGCCAUUUCCGCAUGGAUUUGCCUCCUUCGCCGACCAUGACCCAGCAAUCAAUUACAAUCAAUCUUCCUCAUACCCACUACUACCUCCAGAUUAAGCCAACCAUAGCCUCGUCACUGUUCGAACGUCAGUACAAACUAUUUGUCACGUGUGGAACUCAGCGACUACACGCCCUGCCAGCUAUACCAGGCCACUCUGUGGACCAGCGGCAUCCCUUAUUCGAGGCCCGUCUGCUUCCUGGAGUGAAUCGGAUUGAAGUCGAGUUAAUUGCUAGUUUGCCCAAGGGAGCUCCUCGACAACCAAAUGGCCCAGACGUGGAGCUUGAGAAAACCACUAUUUUUGCGAAUCUUUUGAAAGACCCUCACCAUAGAUGA